GGUCACGCGGGGCCGUCAUGGCGGCGGCGGGGAAGGAGGCGGAGGCGCAGCGGCUGCUGGCCGAGGCGGACAGGAAGGUCCGCGGGGCUCAGUCCUUCCUCGGGGGCCUCUUCGGGGGCUCCUCCCGGCUGGAGGAGGCCUGCGAGUGCUACGCCCGCGCCGCCAACAUGUUCAAGAUGGCCAAGAACUGGAGCCAGGCUGUGAACUGCCUGCUGCGCGCCAUCGAGAUCUACACGGACAUGGGCCGUUUCACCAUCGCCGCCAAGCACCACAUCUCCAUCGCCGAGAUCUACGAGAGCGACCUGCUGGACAUCGAGAAGGCCAUCGCCCACUACGAGCAGGCGGCCGAUUACUACAAAGGGGAGGAGUCCACCAGGUACCGGAUCCCGACGGAUCCCAAUGGAUCCCAACAGAUCCUGACCCAAAUCCCGGCAGAUCCCGACUGAUCCUGAUAGAUCCCAACCCAA